AUGGACUGGCCAGACAUAAUACUCCAAGGGUGUGCUUUGAUCGGACUCCAAGUCUACUGUUGGACUUCCUGGAGGAUCUUCAUCAACCAUGCAGCUGUUGCGGCUCCGAUUUGGAGCGUUCCUGGACUUACAAUUGGGCUCCUAGCCGCCGCUUCCAUAUUGGAACAGAUCAUUGGGAUGACUGUAUUCCUCUACAAACACCACGAUAACAAGUCUUUGGCAUUCGAAAACAUUGUUUCAUCUUCUAUUAUCAAUGUUUUCGCUGCCUUUUUGAUCGCUUUUGACUACCACAGAAACGAGAAUGUCAUGCUGUUCCACCUAGAAAGUGCGAAAUCAUUUAUAGUUGUAUCUUAUGCAGCUCUUGCGGUUGUGAGUGUUCCUACCUUGACUGCAUUCGUUGUGAUACCAGCUCCAGUGAUGUACAGCUUCGUUAUUAGUCACACAGCCAUUUGUGCUUUCCUGGGUUACGGCAAGAGUAUAGAUGAACGCGGGCCUAUUCUAGGAGUACAGUGGUCGUUUAAAAAGGACUUGAACAAAAAUCCAUCUGGAGUGAAGCCAAUUUCGACUGCUUCUCUACAUUCUCUUGAAGAGAAGCCAAACUCUAAUGAUCAGGAUAGAGCUGCAUCAGAAGAUUCGGUCAUCAUUGCGCCACCUGAUCCCAAUAUUUCAAGCACCGAUUCAGAACCAGAACCCCAAAUCUUGGGAAUAAAUAUGGCUUGGGCGAUAUCAAGUCUUAUCUUGUAUUUAGCUUGUACGAUUGUAUCGUCAAGGAGCAUUCAAAACCUGGAUCUGGCCGCUUCUAAAAGAGAUAUGACUACAAGUUGUCUUCUCUUUGCCACACGGAAAAUAUUAUCAUGUCACCUUAUUACUCUUGCAGCCAAGAAGAGCGGUUGUGUUGGGAGUGCCGUAGAGGACAUGGCCUCUUUCAAUGGUUGGCUUUAUUUAAUGGCUCGAGAGUGUGCAGCUCAGAACCAAAAAGCCCCCACAGGCACUCUGAAUUGGACAGAGCUCGCUGUUUUCAUCCUUGAGGGUAGCGUAUUGAUACCAGCUGUGGCACGUUAUCCAGGGGGAAUGCUGGCCGCAACUUUCAUGCUCGUGAAUUGGUUGGGCUUUUUAAAGUCUAGCAUUCGUGCAGCUUCAUCAGGAACAGUUACCGAAAAUUAG